CUGGAAACACACCUCUUCACACUUCUCUUUCUCUCUCUCUCUCUCUCUCUCCACAAUCCUUUUUUACAUUAUAUUUAAACCCUAAGCAUGAUUUCAUCACUACUUUAUGUAUUUAUAUCACCAGUCCCACUAGGCCAAACUUUAAGAAUAAUAAACUCCAUCGCCAUUUUGUGUGUUUUUCUUUUCUCCACCAAACUGCCUACUUAGAAGAAAAAGAAGAGAGCAAGAGUUUUUGUUGGCAAUGGUGAUGGAUGGUGCUGUUUGGAUCAGAGAAGAAGACGACGACAAUACUAAUGUACACAAAUAGAAACGAUUAUAGGGCAACAAACAACACCUAGAAAUCCCUCAAACAUGGUAUCUUGCUGUUGUAAGAUUCCCAUUUUUGUAUUCGUCUUUCUUCUUCUUCUUGUUAUUUCUUCUUCAAUUUGUGCCGCUCAUUCCUCGGAAACCGGCAAUUCCCAAGCAAAUAAUCAAACAUUCCGACCAGAAGAAGAGUUGAAGAAGCUGAAACUAGUAAGGGAACGACUCAACAAGAUCAACAAGCCAGCACUGAAGACGAUUCAGAGUCCAGAUGGUGAUAUUAUAGAUUGCGUCUUAUUGCGUCAUCAACCAGCUUUCGAUCAUCCUAAAUUAAAAGGAAAAAAACCUUUGGAUCCACCGGAGAGACCAAAUGGUCAUAAUCGAAAGGGGAUGGCGGCGGAAGAUUUUCAGAUGUGGAUGAUGUCGGGUGAAUCGUGUCCGGAAGGAACAAUUCCGAUCAGAAGAACAACAGAAGAAGACAUGUUAAGGGCCUCUUCUGUUGCAAGUUUUGGAAAGAAACCGACAAGACUUGUUAGAAGAGACUCGAGUAGCGAUGGCCAUGAGCAUGCAGUUGGGUAUGUGAGCGGAGAUGAAUAUUAUGGAGCAAAAGCUAACAUCAAUGUGUGGGCGCCUCGAGUCUCUAAUCAAUACGAAUUCAGCUUAUCUCAAUUGUGGGUCAUUUCUGGUUCAUUUGGCGACGAUCUCAACACCAUUGAAGCUGGAUGGCAGGUGAGUCCAGAGUUAUAUGGGGACUAUUAUCCAAGAUUCUUCACUUAUUGGACCAGCGACGCAUACCAAGCAACAGGGUGCUAUAAUUUGCUGUGUUCAGGAUUUGUGCAAACUAAUAAUAGAAUUGCUAUUGGAGCUGCAAUCUCCCCAACAUCAUCAUAUGGUGGCGGACAAUUUGACAUUAGUCUAUUGGUUUGGAAGGAUCCAAAGCAUGGGAAUUGGUGGCUGGAAUUCGGAUCAGGGAUUCUGGUAGGAUAUUGGCCGUCAAUAUUGUUCACCCACCUCAGAGAUCGUGCAAGCAUGGUACAAUUUGGUGGAGAAAUAGUGAACACAAGUCCUGGAGGUUCCCACACGUCAACAGAGAUGGGGAGUGGUCAUUUCGCUGGGGAAGGCUUUGGAAAGGCUUCUUAUUUUCGAAAUCUGCAAGUUGUUGAUUGGGAUAAUAACUUGAUCCCAUUACCAAACCUUAAGGUUCUUGCUGAUCAUCCCAAUUGCUAUGACAUCCAAGGAGGUAUUAAUACUGUUUGGGGCAAUUAUUUUUAUUAUGGAGGACCUGGAAGAAAUGUCAACUGCCCUUAAAGCCAAGGGUAUUGGAAUUAGAUGCUUUUUUAAAAAAAAAUUUAUUUUACUAUAUACAUAUUCCUUCAAUACUUUUUUGGGUGGUGAGUUUGGGUCUUUUUGGGGAAUUUUUAUAGUAAUUAUUUUUCCUUUUCUUAAUCCCAUUUUUUUUGUCUAUAUUGUUCUCUUUUUAUCUUUACUAGCAGGUGUCUAUUAAUUAUACCAGCUUUAGGACUUUAUGUAAUUGUGGAAAAAAUAGUGAAAUAAGCAUGGGUGUGAAAUUUUUCUUUUUGGUUACCUUUCCAUAAAA